CACGUUUUGGCUGCCAUACGCACAGCAUCGAUGCUCUGUCGCCGCAGGCGCAUCGCAGUGGUCGCGUGCUAGCCACGCGGAGCUGCGAAAGGAGAGAAACGCAUCUCUACGGCCGUUUCCGGCUUUCUAGCUUGAUUAAGGAGGCAGUGUGAUUGCGUGCUGCUACGCCGUACGGGAGCAAGCAAGCACCGACGCGUUUGCUGCACUGGAGCUCAGCCAGCUUGCUAUGCCCUAAAAAAACCAAAAUGAGUCGCACCGCGACGCUGAAGAAACUGCUCGGCGACGACUGGUCGCUCGAGUUCGUCGACGCCGACGGGGACUGCUUUUUUGCUUGUGUGUCCAAGGCCUUCGACGGCGACCCGACGACGCAGGACCUCCGCGACGUCGUCGCCGACGCGUGCGACGACGAGACGUUGGAGUCGUUUCGCGCCGCGCGCGCGGCGGGGCUCGAGGACUACGAUUUCGUCGACGACUGCGACGAUUUGGACGCGCUGCGCGCGCGCCUGCGAAUACCGGGCGGAGCAGCCGGGUGCGUUUGGGCCGAUGACUUCGCCCUGCGGACCAUCGCAGCUCAUCAAAAGGUCGGGUUUGCGAUCCUCGACGAGGCCGCGCGCGGGGCAGGGCGCUUUGUGGUGAUCGAUCCGCAGAAUAUCAUGAUUAUUCUACAACGGACGCGGCGCCAGCACUACAACCUCGUCGUCCGCGGCCAUUCGUACACGUUCAGCCGCGACGAGAUCGACGUGCACUGGGCCGUGCGCGGCGACGCCGACGAGGCGCCGCGCGCGAAGAGGGCGAGGAGGACGAGGGAGAAGUAAGUGUUGUUCAUUGUACACGAUACAUA